GGGAUUUAUAUUUAUUUUAUUGUGACUCUCUGCCCUUCCAUCAGAAAAAAAAAAAAAUUUCCCACUUUUGGCACAGAGACCAUUGGAGCCCGAAGCCCCCAACGUCAAAGGCUCACAGCAGUCUCUACAUGAUGUGGCUUCUAAAGAUUCAAGGACCAUCCACCUUACUAGUCUGCAAUGGAAACGGCAGAAACGGACAUUCAAACACCACGACUUCCAUUCUGUUAUUAAUCACUCUGUAGGCAUGUGCCCCCACCGCAAGGAGUGAACUGCACCAAACCUCAGCAAUUCUUGUCUCUCCCUCUGGAGAGGAAGCAGAACUAUGGCGCUUUAUUGCUGCUGUUUGAUCCUCUUGGCAUUUACCUGGCACACUUCUGCCUAUGGGCCCGACCAGCGAGCUCAGAAGAAAGGGGACAUUAUCCUUGGGGGACUCUUUCCUAUUCAUUUUGGAGUAGCAGCCAAAGAUCAAGAUCUAAAGUCAAGGCCAGAGUCUGUGGAAUGUAUCAGGUACAAUUUUCGGGGGUUUCGCUGGUUACAAGCUAUGAUAUUUGCCAUAGAGGAAAUAAACAGCAGCCCGGCCCUUCUUCCCAACAUGACGCUGGGAUACCGGAUAUUCGACACUUGCAACACCGUUUCUAAAGCCUUGGAGGCCACCCUGAGUUUUGUGGCCCAGAACAAAAUUGAUUCUUUGAACCUUGAUGAGUUCUGCAACUGCUCACAGCACAUCCCCUCUACCAUUGCUGUGGUGGGGGCAACCGGCUCGGGCAUCUCCACAGCCGUGGCAAACCUGCUGGGGCUCUUCUACAUUCCCCAGGUCAGUUAUGCCUCCUCCAGCAGACUCCUCAGCAAUAAGAAUCAGUUCAAGUCCUUCCUCCGUACCAUCCCCAAUGAUGAGCACCAGGCCACCGCCAUGGCAGACAUUAUUGAGUAUUUCCGCUGGAACUGGGUGGGCACCAUUGCAGCUGAUGACGACUAUGGCCGGCCAGGGAUUGAGAAAUUCCGAGAAGAAGCUGAGGAGAGGGACAUCUGCAUUGACUUCAGUGAACUCAUCUCCCAGUACUCUGACGAGGAAGAGAUCCAGCAGGUAGUAGAGGUAAUCCAGAAUUCCACAGCCAAAGUCAUCGUCGUCUUCUCCAGCGGCCCAGACCUUGAACCCCUCAUCAAGGAGAUCGUUCGGCGCAAUAUCACGGGCAGGAUCUGGCUGGCCAGUGAGGCUUGGGCCAGCUCUUCUCUGAUCGCCAUGCCGGAGUACUUCCAUGUGGUCGGAGGCACUAUUGGAUUUGGUCUGAAGGCCGGGCAGAUCCCAGGCUUCCGGGAAUUCUUGCAGAAAGUCCAUCCCAGGAAAUCUGCCCACAAUGGUUUUGCCAAGGAGUUUUGGGAAGAAACAUUUAACUGCCACCUCCAAGAAGGUGCUAAAGGACCCUUACCCAUGGACACCUUCCUGAGAGGUCAAGAAGAAGGUGGUGGCAGGAUAAGCAACAGCUCCACUGUCUUCCGACCUCUCUGUACAGGGGAUGAGAACAUCAGCAGUGUUGAGACCCCUUACAUGGAUUAUACACACUUACGGAUAUCCUACAAUGUCUACUUAGCCGUCUACUCCAUUGCUCAUGCCCUGCAAGAUAUAUACACGUGCUUACCUGGGAGAGGGCUCUUCACCAACGGUUCCUGUGCCGACAUCAAGAAGGUGGAGGCUUGGCAGGUCCUGAAGCACCUACGUCACCUAAACUUUACCAACAAUAUGGGGGAACAGGUGACUUUUGAUGAGUGUGGUGACUUGGUGGGGAACUAUUCCAUCAUCAACUGGCACCUCUCUCCAGAGGAUGGCUCCAUUGUGUUUAAGGAAGUUGGAUAUUACAACGUCUAUGCCAAGAAAGGGGAAAGGCUCUUCAUCAAUGAGAAGAAAAUCCUGUGGAGUGGGUUCUCCAGAGAGGUGCCUUUCUCCAAUUGCAGCCGAGUCUGCCUGGAAGGGACCAGGAAGGGAAUCAUUGAGGGGAAGCCCACCUGCUGCUUUGAGUGCGUGAAGUGUCCUGAUGGGGAGUACAGCGAUGAGAUAGAUGCAAGUGCCUGCGACAAGUGCCCGGAUGACUUCUGGUCCAGCGAGAACCACACUUCCUGCAUCGCCAAGGAGAUCGAGUUUCUGUCCUGGACGGAGCCCUUUGGGAUCGCGCUCACCCUCUUCGCGGUGCUGGGCAUUUUCCUGACGGCCUUCGUGCUGGGGGUCUUCAUCAAGUUCCGCAACACGCCCAUCGUCAAGGCCACCAACCGAGAGCUCUCCUACCUCCUCCUCUUCUCCCUGCUCUGCUGCUUCUCCAGCUCCUUGUUCUUCAUCGGGGAGCCCCAGGACUGGACCUGCCGCCUGCGCCAGCCGGCCUUCGGCAUCAGCUUCGUGCUCUGCAUCUCCUGCAUCCUGGUGAAAACCAACCGCGUCCUCCUGGUGUUCGAGGCCAAGAUCCCCACCAGCUUCCACCGCAAGUGGUGGGGCCUCAACCUGCAGUUCCUGCUGGUCUUCCUCUGCACCUUCGUGCAGAUCGUCAUCUGUGUGAUCUGGCUCUACACCGCGCCGCCCUCCAGCUACCGCAACCACGAGCUGGAGGAUGAGAUCAUCUUCAUCACCUGCCACGAGGGCUCGCUCAUGGCGCUGGGCUUCCUGAUCGGCUACACCUGCCUGCUGGCCGCCAUCUGCUUCUUCUUCGCCUUCAAGUCCCGGAAGCUGCCGGAGAACUUCAACGAAGCCAAGUUCAUCACCUUCAGCAUGCUCAUCUUCUUCAUCGUCUGGAUCUCCUUCAUCCCGGCCUACGCCAGCACCUACGGCAAGUUCGUCUCUGCCGUGGAGGUGAUCGCCAUCCUGGCGGCCAGCUUCGGCUUGCUGGCCUGCAUCUUCUUCAACAAGGUCUACAUCAUCCUCUUCAAGCCCUCCCGCAACACCAUCGAGGAGGUGCGCUGCAGCACCGCGGCGCACGCCUUCAAGUCGGCCCUGCAGCCGCAGCAGCAGCCCAGAUGCAAGCAGGUCAUCUUCGGCAGCGGCACCGUCACCUUCUCGCUGAGCUUUGACGAGCCUCAGAAGAGUGCCGCGGCUCACAGGAAUUCCUCGCACCAGAACUCCCUGGAGUCCCAGAAAAGCAACGACACGCUGACCAGGCACCAGGCGUUACUCCCGCUGCAGUGCGGGGAGCCGGACUCAGAACUGACCGCCCAGGAGACAGGCCUGCAAGGGCCUGUGGGUGGAGACCGCCAGCCAGAGGCAGAGGACCCUGAAGAGAUGUCCCCAGCUCUGGUCGUGUCCAACUCCCGGAGCUUCGUCAUCAGCGGCGGAGGCAGCACUGUCACAGAGAACAUACUGCACUCCUGAAAUGGAAGGAGAAGGCCCGUCCAGGGAGGAUCCAGAGAGCUCCUGGGAUCCACAUUCUCCCACAGGGAUGAGGGACUGCUCCCAACUCCUUGCCUCUGAGGAAGGAGGAAUAAUAGACAUGCCAGACGCCUGGAACUUAGCUGCACUGUUUUAUAUGGCAGUGCGUUGACUAAUGUUCCCUUUAAAAGUAAAAAAAGAAGAGCCGUGUGCUUCUGUGGUUGGAUUCGUCAGAGCGCUGGGGUCGCCAUGGUCAGAUUUGCUGUUCAUGUCUCUUCUUUUGUUCUCUUCUUCUGUUCUAUCUGACCCAGCAGCCCAGAGACGGAACCAGGCUUUAAACCAAUCACUUACCCUCCACCCACCCCCCUCUCUUUUUUUUUCUUUUUUCUUUUUUUCUUUUCUUUCCUACUGACAUGGCCGCCCUGAGCAUUGCGGACAGCCUGGCCCAGGGACAGUGUGCAGAGUGUCAGGACAUCAUCUUGGCCACCACUAGAGUGAAGAGUCUCAAAGGCAGGAUGUCACCAGUGUUGCCCAACACCUUGACAGGGGAAGAACUUUACACGUUCAAAACCGUAGGUGAAUGUGUCCCCUCCUAUUUAUGGAAGCCAUAAGGUGUGUGGUCUUCUACUUUUACUGCUGCUGUCAUGUGGCGCCUAGAAGGUUAGCCCUCCUCCUGCACCAGUGCACCUGUUUUCAUGCAGCAUGUGACCGUGAUGCCACACUUAGAUUCCCGGAGGAUAAAGAACCACCUCAAAUUGUUGGGAGGGGACUGCAUAACUCCACUGAGCUGUAUCUGAAAUUAAUAUUGCUCUAGGUACCUUUCUCCUUGAGAAAAUGCUUCUGUUGUCACAGUCCAUGGACAAUAUAAACUGAAAAAAGUCACAGUUUGGCUUAUAUAAGGCAGUAUUACUGAGCUCCGUAUUCCUUUCCCACCCACCACCCCCACCCCAUAAGCUAAGCCCUAUGUGAGCCCUUUCAGGGCCCCAGGAGUCCAGAAUCUGCACCCGUCCUUGCCCCAAAGGCUUCCUGAAGCCAGAUUUAUCCUUGUGCCUGUGGAGAAUAAGCUCUCAGUCAUUGGUCCCCUACCAGUUGCUGGGGUGAGACAGUGUGGUUUCAAGAGAGCUCUCACAAGGCAUUAGCCUGGCCCUCCACCCCCCAAAUGCCAUACCACGUUCCCUCCAGCAGUGGAAGCCUGCCCAUGGGAAGUUAAAGGGGUUGAAUGGCAUACAGCUGAGAUGUCAGGCUCUAACCAGAGAAACCUAGGUUCAAGCCCUGGGUUGGUCACUUAUAAGUUGGGUGACUAUAGACCAGGAACGCUGGCCUUGCUAAGCCCCAGCUUCUUUGUCUCCAAAAUGGGGAUAAUAAUCAUUCUUUUCCCUCAGAGCUCUUAUGUGGAUUAAAUAAGAUAAUGUAUGGGUCUCUCUCUCUCUCUUUCCCUCUCCCUCUCCCUCUCCUUCUCCCUCUCCCUCUCCCUCUCCCUCUCCCUCUCUGUCUAGCACACCCAUGCCUUUCCCUACCCUCUUCCCCAGGCGUGUUUUCCUUGCCUCUCUUUCUCCUAAGCUCCAGGGGCCCUUCUUUUGCCUCUGUCAGUUGUUUCCU